UCGAGGUUGGUUGCUACUGCUAGCUAGGACUAGGAGGCGAUGAGCGAGGUGGAGAUCCUAGGCGAGCAGCAACAAGAGGUUAUAGACGAUGGUUCGGAGGAGGAGGAGGAGGCGCUCCCUCUCCAUUCGGAGCCGGUGCGGCGGCUCGGGGCAGCCGGCCGGCGGGGGCUGGUGCACGCCCUCGUCGCCGACGACGUCCACGGGGACAACCUCCGGCUGCUCCGGCGCCAGCGCCUCAGGAUGGACAGGGUGGGCGUGCGGCAGCCGACGGUGGAGGUGCGGUGGCGGGGCGUGCGCGUCGACGCCGAGUGCCAACUCGUCCGCGGCAAGCCGCUCCCCACGCUCCUCAACUCCGCCGUCUCCGGCCUCUCCGUACGUAACUCCGUUCAAAGGAUCUGUAUCCUCAAAGAUGUCACCGGCAUCCUAAAACCUUCCAGCUGUGGCAAAACCACCCUUUUGCUAGCGCUUGCUGGGAAGCUCAACAAAAAUCUCAAGGUGUCAGGAGAAAUUGAAUACAAUGGUGUCAAGCUGCAAGAUUUUGUUCCCGAGAAGACGGCGGCUUACAUUGGCCAGUAUGAUCUUCAUGUCCCUGAGAUGACCGUCAGGGAGACGCUCGACUUCUCUGCGAGAUUUCAGGGCGUUGGCAGCAGAGCAGAAAUUAUGAAGGAGGUCAUUAGAAGGGAGAAGGAGGCCGGGAUCACCCCUGACCCCAAUAUAGACACUUACAUGAAGGCAAUAUCUGUGGAAGGUUUGGAAAGAAGCAUGCAAACAGACUACAUUAUGAAGAUAAUGGGACUUGACACAUGUGCUGAUGUACUAGUCGGAGAUGCCAUGAGAAGAGGCAUUUCUGGCGGUGAGAAGAAAAGACUAACCACAGGAGAGAUGAUAGUAGGACCAUCAAAAGUGCUCUUCAUGGAUGAAAUAUCAACUGGGCUGGACAGUUCUACCACCUUCCAAGUUGUUUCUUGCCUCCAACAACUAGCUCAUAUAUCAGAGUUUACCAUACUCGUCUCUCUCCUUCAACCAGCGCCAGAGACCUACGAACUUUUUGACGAUAUUAUCUUGAUGGCUGAAGGACAAAUCGUAUACCAUGGCCCUAAGAGUUGCGUUAUGAGUUUCUUUGAAUCAUGUGGCUUUAAGUGCCCCCAAAGAAAAGGAAGCGCCGACUUCCUUCAAGAGGUCUUGUCAAGAAAAGAUCAACAACAGUACUGGAGCCGCACUGAAGAAAGAUAUAAUUUUGUUACAGUUGAGAAAUUCUAUGAUAAGUUCAAAGCAUCUCAAAGUGGUCGGAAUCUUGCCGAGGAGCUUUCAAAGCCGUAUGACGAAUCAAAAGGACAUAAGAAUGCCCUGUCCUUCGGUAUCUACUCAUUAUCCAAGUGGGAUCUCCUCAAGGCAUGUUUUGCACGCGAACUACUUCUUAUGAAGAGGAAUGCCUUCAUCCACAUAACAAAAGCUGCUCAGCUUGGGCUAUUUGGUCUUAUUACUGGGACAGUAUUCCUGCGGACACGUAUGGGCGUUGAUAGAACUCAUGCUAGCUAUUAUAUGGGUUCACUCUUCUAUGCGCUACUGCUACUGAUAGUCAAUGGAUUCCCUGACCUGGCCAUGGCAAUUGAAAGACUGCCGGUCUUCUACAAACAUAGAGACAACUACUUCUAUCCUGCAUGGGCUUAUGCAAUACCAUCUUUUAUCCUAAAGAUUCCCUUCUCUUUAGUUGGGUCAGUAGCUUUGACAUCGAUAUCCUACUACUUGAUUGGCUAUACCCCGGAAGCAUCCAGGUUCUUCUAUCAGCUCCUCAUCCUCUUCCUGAUGCACACAGUAAUAUUAUCAAUGUUCCGUUCUGUCGCUUCAUACUGUCAAACAAUGGUGGCUGGUUCUGUCGGUGGUACUCUAGCAUUUCUAUUCACCCUUCUAUUUGGGGGUUUCUUAAUUCCUCGUUGUAAGACACUCCCUUAUUUUCGUAAGCUUCAUAUUUGCCAUAUCGCUACAGCAUUUCUGCCUAAUUGGCUAAAAUGGGUAUUUUGGGUAUCUCCAUUGUCUUACGCGGAGAUAGGCUUGGCUGGAAAUGAGUUUUUGGCACCCAGAUGGUCAGAGAUCACAAUAUCUGGCGUAACACUCGGAAGGAGGAUACUAAUGGAUCAAGGUCUAGACUUCUCCAGCUACUUCUACUGGAUCUCAGUUGGAGCAUUGAUUGGGUUUACUUUGUUGUUCAAUGUAGGCUUUGCCAUUGGCUUGACCGUUAAAAACCCAUCUUCUCGUGCUAUUAUCUCUUGCAAUAAGAUUACCGCACUUGGUGGAAGAAACCAAGAUAAGGAUGCGGAAAAUGGGAGGCCUAAGUUACAUGCAGAAACUUCAUUGAUACCUAAUAGCACUGGGAGGAUGGUACUGCCUUUCACACCCCUUACAAUAUCUUUCCAGGAUGUCAACUACUACGUAGACACCCCCCAUGGUUACAUGGAAGGAAAACUGCAACUACUCCAUAAUAUCACAGGAGCAUUUCAGCCAGGCGUUCUCUCGGCACUCAUGGGGGUUACUGGAGCGGGGAAAACAACACUCCUUGAUGUUCUUGCUGGAAGGAAAACAGGCGGUGUUAUUGAAGGGGACAUAAGAAUAGGGGGUUAUCCUAAAAUUCAGCAAACUUUUGCUAGGAUAUCAGGCUAUUGUGAACAGACUGAUGUUCAUUCCCCACAAAUCACAGUGGGCGAAUCAGUUGCAUAUUCAGCCUGGUUGCGCCUUCCACCAGAAACUGAUUCAAAAGCAAGAGAUGAAUUUGUCAAUGAAGUUCUUGAAACAAUUGAGCUGGAUGAAAUUAGAGAUUCUUUGGUUGGAAUACCAGGGGUAAAUGGAUUGUCGACAGAGCAACGGAAACGGCUCACUAUAGCAGUCGAGCUUGUGUCUAACCCUUCAAUCAUAUUCAUGGAUGAGCCAACAUCAGGAUUGGAUGCAAGGGCAGCUGCUAUUGUCAUGCGUGCAGUCAAGAACGUUGCAGACACAGGCCGAACAGUCGUGUGCACCAUUCACCAACCAAGUAUCGAUAUAUUUGAGGCAUUUGAUGAGUUGAUGCUCAUGAGAAGAGGUGGAGAGUUGAUCUAUGCUGGGCCAGUUGGACACCAUUCUUGUGAGGUCAUCCAAUAUUUCCAGGCAAUACCUGCGAUACCCAGGAUCAAGGACAACUACAACCCAUCAACAUGGAUGCUAGAAGUUACUUCUACAUCUAUGGAAGCUCAAGUAGGAGCAGAUUUUGUACAAAUGUACAGUGCAUCCUCAAUGUGCAAGGACAAGGACAUGCUGGUAAAGCGCUUGAGUGUACCAGUUCCAGGCACGAGUGACCUCCAUUUCAGGACACAGUUUCCGCAGAAGUUUUGGGAGCAAUUCAAAGCUUGUCUCUGGAAGCAGUGUUUGUCGUAUUGGAGAACCCCUUCCUACAACCUGGUGCGAUUGGCGUCCAUGUUAGGUUUCUGCAUUUUCUUCGGUGUGUUGUUCUGGCAGCGAGGCAACAUCAAUCACAUAAACGACCAGCAGGGCCUCUCAACCAUAUUGGGGUGCAUGUAUGGAAUCACUCUGUUCACCGGCACCAACAUUUGUCAGGCAGUGAUGCCGUUUGUCUCCAUCGAGCGCUCCGUCGUGUACAGGGAGAGGUUUGCAGGGAUGUACUCUCCUUGGGCCUAUUCUUUUGCGCAGGUUGCCAUGGAGAUACCUUAUGUGCUGGCGCAGGUAGUGAUGUUCAUGCUGAUAGCAUAUCCGAUGAUAGGGUACGCAUGGACAGCGGCAAAGUUCUUCUGGUUCAUGUACACCAUGUCGUGCACGCUGCUCUACUUCGUCUACCUGGGAAUGAUGAUCGUGUCGCUCACCCCUAACAUCCAAGUUGCAUUCGUACUUACGUCUGUGUGCCAUGGCCUGCAAAACCUCAUCUCCGGCUUCCUCGUGCCCUCGCCGCAAAUACCAAGAUGGUGGGUAUGGCUCUACUACAUCUCCCCAAUGUCGUGGUCGCUCAAUGUCUUCUUGACCACACAGUUCGGGGAUUAUAACGACAGCAUGAUAGUCGUGUUUGGAGAGACCAAAUCCAUCGCAACGUUCGUGAAGGACUACUACGGUUUUCGACGCGACCUGCUGCCGCUGGCAGCCGUGGUUCUGGCGGCGUUCCCCGUCGUUUUUGCUGUCCUCUUCGGUUACAGCAUCUCAAAGCUCAAUUUCCAACGGAGAUAA